AAAGCCACUCGCUCAGUCGGCGUCUCGAGCUGCUGGGCGCUGCGCGCACUCUCCCAAGGCUCUCCAACACACACACAUCCGAAUCCAUAAACGCACACGCCCGGAUACAUUGACGAAGAAGUCGCGCGCGUGGGACUCGACGCAUUUGGUUUCGUUCCCCCCGCUUUAUAUAUAUAUUUUUGCAAGAUGGCUCAUUUAUGUGGAGGCGGUGGGAUGCGCACCUAAACAAGUGUCUCCUCUUGACUCAAGCUCCUCAAGCCGGACACCGAGACACAGCAGAGGAGGCAGCGUGAUUUUUUUCUUCUCGCUCACUUGUCAUUUGGAUUGAUUGAUCUGAUCGUCAAGGCUCUCUUCCCCUCCCUUACCUUGCACGAAGUGACAAAAGUUGUGUGGACUACAUGGCUUUCUGACGUGGCCAUCAGUUCUUUUUGUGUGUGCGUGCGUGCGUGUGACUGACUUGUCCCCAAGCACCCAAGGGUGCGCUCCUCGUCAUUCACCUUGUUGACGCACCCCUGAAGACCCAACGCGAGAAGGGGAGGAGGGGGGGGGGGGACAUAUAUCCCCAGCUCCGAGGGACACACGCCACAUUGGACCGAUCGGAGCCAAGCAGCGCCCGUUGCAAGCGAGCGUCGUGCAUGAGAGCGCUUCACCUGCAGCCACACCAACCAGGAGGAAUACGUGGCCAACUUUUGCCGUAGUGAUGCUGCAAGUGGAAAUGAUCCUCGCCGUCUGCCUGGUGCUGUGGAUGUGUGUUUUUAGCCAGGAGCCCAGUUCCAAAGUGGUGGCAGACCGCUACGCCGUCUUCUGGAACAGGACCAACGCCAAAUUCCAUCGUGGGGAUUACCACAUCGACGUGUGUAUAAAUGACUACCUGGACGUCUACUGUCCGCACUACGCGGACUCGGUGCCCGUGGAGCGGACAGAACGCUACGUCCUCUACAUGGUCAACUACGACGGCUACAGCACGUGCGACCACACCUUCAAGGGCUUCAAGCGCUGGGAGUGCAAUCGGCCACACUCGCCCACCGGCCCGCUCAAGUUCUCGGAGAAGUUCCAGCUCUUCACUCCGUUCUCCUUGGGCUUUGAGUUCAGACCGGGAAGAGAAUAUUACUACAUCUCCUCCACCGUCGCUGAGAACGGGAAGAAAACCUGCCUGAAGCUGAAGGUUUUCGUCCGACCAUCAAACAGCUGUGUGAGAACUAUAGGUGUACAUGACCGUGUUUUUGAUGUUAACGACAAAGUAGACAAUACGUUAGAACCACGAGACGACACGAGCCAUGAACCCGCCGAGCCCUCCCGGAGCGAGGAGACAAACGCUGCACCGCACCCGCCCCCCUUCAGUCGACUCGUGGCUUCACUGCUGCUCAGCCUGGCGGCGCUCGUCAUCUUAUAGCGCCCCCACCUGUCCCGGAGGGGCAAUUUACACCCAGCGUGGCCUGAAUCUGCCCAUGGUUGCAGGGAAAAGGGGCGGGAUUUGAGGGUGGAGCUUGUUUUGCUUGAUUGGGGCAUCCCAGCAGGCUUCGCAAGGAAUCCCUCGAUUUUUGUUUUUCCCCAGACAAAGUUUUAAGUGUCUCGGCGUUUGUGAGUGGGGGAAAAAAGCGGGAGAGACAACCCCCCUCGCAAGCAUAAGAUGCCAAAUCUAUUUUUUUUCUGACAGUGAUUCUUACUUUUCUGUGACAGCGCUUUACAUUGUUUUUAACCAUUUCAGCACACACAAAUGCAGUACACGCACACAAAUACACACACACACACACACACAUGCUCAACAAAUCUCUUCAGUGUUUUGUUGUUCUUACCAUGUUGUGUUCAGUAGCAUCGUUUACAGAGUAGGAAAGUGAAGACAGUAGACUCUUAGGAAGGACUGUACAUAAGUGUGUAGGUAUCACUCUCUGUUGUGUUGGCUUCGUGUUCUGCUCAGUGCAUAAAGUCUGACGUUUGACCCAGCGGGUCAAAACGAUGGCAGUGAAGAAAACGGACUAGCAGUUUGGGAGCCCAAGCACUGGAAAAAAAAAAUGUCCACAGCCUGCACCUUAACCUAAUGAUGUCCAGUUGUUUCCUAAUUUAAUAGUAACACCCGACUGUGUCAGAGGAGGAUAAGCUACUGUAUAUACAUGACCGGGGCUGGGUAUUUGACGAAAUUCCCCAUAAUUGACAAUGGGGGAAAAAUUAACGAUGAAUUAAUCGUAUUUUUUUAAUGCAAUUUACUUUCAGCAUGUUCUGAGCUCCAAUUUCCACAACAGGGUUGUGUUGGGCAGAGGAAUAUUAUCCAUAGAACCACCUCAAUUGUGACAAAAAGACAUAAUUAAGCAACAAUCAAUUCCACACAUUGGAUCCAGUCGAUUAUUCAAGAAAUCCAAACCCAAAGUCUCGUGGUUUGCUGCGUAUAACAAAACAGAGAAACGUAAACUCCCAGCAGGCGCUUUGCGGGCCGCUACUAGAUGGAGGAUCGAUGUCUUUUAGGAGUUGCAAUUUCACGGCAGCAGUCACACUCAUUUUGUGUUUACUGAGCUGGACAAAGAACUGUUCUCUUGGCUCCAUCCACUUACGCUAUAUGCUCGCAUCCAUAAUCCAAAUCCAAAGAUUGAAAAUUGUUAGAAGCUUAAAGGACCCUUUCACCUCACCAGUGGUAAUGGGUCAGAUAUUAGUCCGUGGAUUCUAAAAGAGGCUAGCUGCAGGUACACGCCACUGAUUCAUUGCUCUGCUUAAUUCAAUGCAAAGCAAGCAGUUCUGUCCUUUUGGCUUUAUAAAGAUAGCACUUAUAAUCAAGGAUAUGGUCACUGUGUUUAAUAACGUUCAGGUUCAUUCCGUCACAAUUGCUCCUGCUGUCUUUUUCUCAAAGAUUGGGAAAACUCCAAAAAGUGCCAAAUAAGCCCCCAGAAAACAGGAAAGUUGAUGUCCAAUGUCAGCUCCUCGUGUUGCUGGUUUAAGUGACUCUAAUGAGGUUCAAAAUGAUAGGCAUGCGAACCCCAUGUUGCCGCAAAGGGGAGUUAUUCCUGGUAUUAAAAAUAGACGGUAGAGGGCUUGAAGGAAGGGGGGUCUCAGGAGAAGGGGUGUAGAUUUCAUUUGGGGCGGCGGGGUUAUAAGGCAUCGGUGACCUUGCUGUUUGAGGGAAGUGGUGAGUGACGGAAAUGGAAUCCCGCAGGAGGGGUUCCGAGACGUGGGGUAGCUGAAGGUAAUAUCAUUGUUAAGGGUGCCUGGUGUGAAGUAAAUAAAUGAAUAAAAAUUCAUGAAACUUUUUGGAAAAUGCAGUUUGGAAUCAUUCAUUCUUCAAAAUUGGAACGUGUUAAGGCCACACUGAAAAAUGUACAUGAGGAGAAUCAAGUCAUAAUUUUCAAAGCAAAUAACAAAUGUAAAGAAAUCGUAAAAAAGGUCAACUAAUGCCCCAAAUAAUAGAUUUUUUUCCCCCACAUAAUUAAUUUUUACAGUACAAAAUGAAGACUUGAUUCUUGUAGUUUGACAUGUUACAACUUUUUUUUGCUUUCUAUUCACUGUGGCCCUCAUGCGCCUUCAAACACUGUUCCAUGUUUGCUUAAUUCUACUUUUCAAACGUGUCUCUGCCUUUGUAGCCUAUCAAAGCCUUUUUUUUAUUAGCUAUACUAAAAAUGUACACUAGCUACUUAGCUGUUGCUUGACUUCAGGCCAAUGAAUGAGGUAUCUAUGUCACGAUGGACAUUUUCCGUUCUAUCAGAUAACCAGCUUCAAGUUGACCCUCUUUUGUGAUUACCAAUAUUACUGCCUGUCAUUUUUUUUUUGUUUGUUUGCUAUCAUCCUGUUUUAUUGUAUACCACGGCCUAACCUUGGAAAUGAGGAUCAACUUAAAAACUGGAUACUGUGUAUCCUGAGGUAGUCAACCAUCAAACAUGUAGUGGUAGGUUAUAGCAUCUGUUUUGUACCUUCUGGAUGACUAAAGUUAAAAAAAAAAAAAAAUCAUUGUUAAAAUUGUAUAAUUACUGUUAUGAUGAUGAUAAAACUAUUAUUAUUAUUAUUAUUAUUAGGGAA